UCUCUUAGAAGUCUAGUGCUUUUGAAAUGUUUAAGAAGUUUAAGGCACUUGUUGAAAAUGAAUUAAGGAAUAAAACUCAGUACCUCUAUUGUUUUUUAUGAGUUUUGUAGUGAAAAUGGUAUCAAAAGACAACUCACAAUUGUCUAUAGUCCACAACAAAAUGGAGUAUCAUGGAUGAAAAAUAGAAGAUGCAUGUUAUUGUCAUUGGUGUCGUCUCUCUCAUAACAAUGGAGAAUGAAGAAGAAGAAGAAGUGAUAGGUGAAGUUGAAGCGAUGAAAUCUGUAUAUGAAAGCGAUUGUAUCAUUCUCCGUUCCAUUCCUCCUCACUUUCACUUAUCCCUCAAACCCAGAACCGCCGAUGUUCAAUCCCACCAGUUUGUAGAAGUUGUUCUUGAUGUACAAGCUACCCCACAGUAUCCAAAAGAACCACCUUCUGUUGCUCUUCUGGAUUGCAAGGGUUUGGAUCAACAGAGACAAAACUAUUUAUUGAAUCACAUUAAAACUAAAGCCAAUGAGCUCUCUCCUGGCUUAAUGCUUGUAGCUCUGUGUGAGGAAGCGGCAGAGAAACUCUCAGCUAUGAAUCAUCCUGAUGGUGAUUGUCCAUUGUGUUUAUUCCCUUUGGUUCCAGAAGAUCACCAAAGUGAAACCUUGCCUUUUAUGAAGUUAAUGUCUUGCUUUCAUUGUUUUCACAGUGAAUGUAUCAUAAGAUGGUGGAAUUGGCUUCAGAGUUCUAAACAAACAGGCUCUGCCACUUCAAAUAAUGCAGCUGCUCAUCCUAAUCAUGGUAAUUCUGAAAAAUUGGAAGAGGGUGUUGGAAACUGCCCAGUUUGUCGCAAACCUUUUCAUGCCAAAGAUUUGGACCACGUGCUUGACCUAGUUGGCUCACAUUCUUCAAGAGUGAGUUUGAAUAAUGAUGAAGUCAAUAACGAUGAAAUAAUCCUUCAAUCUGAGCAUGAGAUAAUCAGAAAACAGAGGUUUGAAGCCAUCUUAUGUUUACAGACGGAGAACAAUGGUUUGAUUGAACCAAAAAAAGAUUUAGUAAUAUUGCCCGGUAUGUAUCUUCCUCAACAAGUUACCGCGCCAGAGUCCACGUUGACCAAGGAACCCGACGAGAUUGAGCAACACGAAAGAGAUCCACCUGCAGUCGGGUCAGGAAAACAUGUCAGCGGGACCUCAAAUGGGUCUAGUUCUAGUGGGAACAGGAAUUUCGGUGCGAGGAGGAAUAGAGGACGGAGUGAUCAUCACUCCAGUUCGACUGCAAGACAUCCAAGAAAACCCGUCCAACAGUGGGUUAGAAGAGAUAAUCCUUAACAAUAAGCAAUAGAAGUGAUAUAAUAUCUUUCACUUCUAUUUAUCAUAUUGCAAAUACGAAAAUCAGAUUGAACCCAUAUUACUGGGACAAAAAACACUAUCGACCCUAAUAUAUAUUAUAUGAAUGUUUAGAUUGCAAAGAAAUGUAUCAGAAGAUUAGGAAAAGACAGGUAGAGGAGAGGUAGGUAUUUUUUAUUUGGAGGAAUAGAAAGAAGCAAAAUAAGGAAAAACUAGCACAUUUAACUCAUAUUUAGUUUCCUUUUAUAUUUUACUAUCAUAAUUUUGUUUUUGAUUUUAUUUGGAAUGUUCCGUGUAAUUUAUUUUUAACUCGGCAAUCAAAUUACUAUGACGUGACAUUCUGCA